UCUAUUUUGUUGGAUAGGUAUCGUUUGUGCUUCAGCAUAAUUCGUUCAAUGCCUAUACGAAAGCCUAUAUAGUGCAUUGCAUAUUUUGUCAUUGCUGACGACAUUAGGCUAUCAUGUGUGCUGGGGUUUCGAGUAAUCUGGGCCACAUCAUAACCUAAGUGCACAGGUGCCAUUUUCUUCAGUAAUUUCUAUUUGAAGGUCCUUUAUUUGACCAUCUUACGUCAAUUUUUUUUUUUAAAUGUUUUGAUUUCUAAUGAACCCAGUAUUAGAAAUAUAGGCUAUUUUAAAAUGUUUAAGCCUAAAAACACAAAAGGGAGCAUUUCAUUGCAUUUACUAUAUUUCUAUUUACGGCUUUCAAUAUUACUAUUAUUGUAAAAAUACAAUAAAAAUUCGAAAGUAAUUUGAAUAAGUGCGAAAAUAAUUAGAUUUCUAUUUUCAUUGUGAAUGUAUGCGCUAAUUUGGGUGAAAUGACUGAUUAACACACCUUUGGGAUAAUUUCAUCUGAUGUGAAUUCAAUGAUAUAAUGCAUAAUAAACCCGUGGAGCAGCAUCCUUUAUCCUCUGGAAUUCUAAAUCGCGUGCUCUCAGCUGAUUGGCUGGUGAGUUUUGACCCAUGUUGGGAUGGACCUGUUGGAUAAAAGGAGAAUUUCUAGAGGGAUCAUGCGUAUUGCGCCGUGGAUUCCUGUGCACUAGGGACCGACUUGUAUCUGAAGAAGGGAAUAGUCUCAAAGGCACCAUGACAGGAAAGGAUGGGUCUGUGUUGUCGGAAAGUUUGAACAAAUCAAAAUCACCGUGCGCCGUUGAGAACGGUGGAACUAACAAUCCACAUCUAUCAAAGACUGCCACUACUCACACGCCCAAAUGCACGGGUUUUGGCAUUCAGGAGAUUUUGGGACUAAAUAAAGAGCCGUCUUCGGCUCCACGGAACACACUAGACUCUUUUCCAGCUGGAGCUCACCUGUUAGCCACGAGGUCGAUGCUCGGUCCAGCUGGUCUUGGGGUCGGGAUGGGAUUAAUUGGCCCUGGAGGUAUUCCGUCGUUCUACAGCCAGCCUGCGUUUCUGGAGGUACUGUCAGACUCGCAAAACGUCCACCUUCAGCCUCUCAACAGGACAGUGGGUCCGCUGGAAGCUAACCAAUCUGCUAGCUCUGAUUCAGAAGACGUCUCUUCAAGUGAACGGAAAAUUUCAAAAUCUUCUCUGAGCCAGAGCAAGAAGCGAAAAAAGAGACGACACAGAACAAUAUUUACAUCUUACCAGCUGGAGGAACUAGAGAAGGCUUUUAACGACGCUCAUUACCCUGAUGUAUACGCCAGAGAAAUGCUGGCCAUGAAAACCGAGCUGCCCGAGGACAGAAUACAGGUCUGGUUCCAAAAUCGGCGAGCCAAGUGGAGAAAACGUGAAAAGUGUUGGGGUCGCAGUAGUGUGAUGGCCGAGUACGGACUGUACGGUGCUAUGGUGCGUCAUUCAAUCCCUCUGCCUGAGUCCAUACUGAAGUCUGCUAAAGAUGGCGUCAUGGAUUCCUGUGCUCCUUGGCUUCUAGUUCAAGAUGGUUUUCCUACCACCAGCUGCUUUUCUAAAUACGAAUGCCCACCAUUCUUUGCAGGGAUGCACAAGAAGUCCUUGGAGACCGCCGCAGUUCAAUCAAAUGAGAAGUCAGAUGUCACUCAGAAAGCGACCAAUGCCAUGACGGAUGAGGGCGAGGCUGAUGAAAGGAGGACGGAGUCACCUAUGUCCAAAGAGGAACUGAGGGAGAACAGCAUUGCUGUUCUCAGGGCAAAAGCACAGGAACACAGUGCCAAAGUGCUGGGAACGGUUUCAUCAGAGAGACUGGAGCACAAGAUGGAGAUAUCGGCGACAGAGAAGUCCAACGAACAGUUAGAUGCGAAAGAAGAAGAUAAAAAUUCGUAGGUUAUCCAGAGUAAUUAUUCAUCCAUACCUCUGUAAUGCCAUAAUGCGUAGUCUUGGAGUAAACAUAUCUGGAUUCAUUUCUUUUUUUUCCUAAGAGUUCUUCUACGUUUGGUUUUACUUAAGCAAGGUCAAAAUGAUUAAAACAUGGUGUUUUGAAAAUGAUAAUAAUAUCACAUUUCUCUUAAAGAUACAGAACAUUCCAGCCAUACGAGCAUUUCAUAAUGAUGGAGCAUGCUUGUGCCCUUUUGUCAUGAUGGAAGGUUGCAAUGUCCAGGGCAAAUGUUUGCGUGUUUAUGAUCCAAUUUCAGUAUUAAUUUUCAGUAAUUAUUAGAAAAUAAUUGCUCAAGAACUCCCAAUGAGCUUUUAAUAACAGAAUUCAGUGCUUUUCAUUGUUGAUUUUGUACAGUGUCCUAAAACUCAAGUGUUUUAAAGUUGUAAUAGAGUGUUUUGCUGUAUAUAUUGUAAAUUAAGAUAGCUCGCUACAGUAUUGUUUGAACUAUACAUGAAUGUACUGUAGUCUUAUUAUGUGCUUUUUUCGUAAUAUGUAAAAUGCCAUACAAAUUAUUAAAAAAGUAUGAGAAA